ACAAGACAGGAACACCGUCUUUGGAAUGAUAUAGGGUUAACAUUAAUCGUGUUCUGGAUCGUAAUAUGAAGACUAUCUACUCUUUACAUGAUAACUCCUCCGGAAGGCGCUGAGAGAGGUGGCAAGGGAUUCCGAAGCGGCCGCGGAAGCUACAGACGUCGCCUUCAACACCCGCUUGAAAGAACUGGAAGAAGCCAAGUCAAAACUCGUCACCAAAGAUGGAAUGUUACGAAAGGAAAUAGCGGAAGAGGAGAACAGCAUCGUCUCAAUUCGUCAAAGUUUGCAGGACAAGGAAUCGCCUCUGCAAGUGGCCCAAAGCCGCCACUGGACUCGCUCCUUUCGACCCGGGGCGGACCGCUGUCUAGAUCAGCCCCAUUAUAGGCUCAAGGACGAACUUGACGAGCUGCCCCAGAGCAUCGAAUCCCUCCGUCAGCGUCUGAGGGCUAGCGAGGACACGCUGGAGGAGCUGCACCGCCUUCACGAAGACUUUUCCAAGGAUAUCCUCAACAGGGAACACACUAUCAGUUUAGAGCGCCGCUGUGUCGCCGUCAGGAGUCUCAGACAGACCCAGGAGAAGCUUCAAGGACUGUAAGGAAGAUGGGGAAGAUGAGAAGAGGAAAGGAAAAGGGGGAGAUGAGAAGGAAAUGAAGAAGGAAACAAAGGGGAAAAGGAGGAGGAAGGAGUAUAUUAGAAAAGAUGUCAAGAAUAAAAAAGAAAUGUGGCUGUUCAUUUGUUAUUCGAUAGGCUUAUUGAAUCUGUCUAACUUUAUUAGUUAUGUUAUAGUUAGUUUCAUUAGAUAAUUACAUUUUUCCCAAAUAGAAAACUAAGGGAUCUUUCACUCAACUUUAUCCUUUUCUUCUCUGAAAGCAAACAAGAAUGUGAUUACGAAUGCAUUUAUCUCUCCCUCUAUUGUGUACCAUAAUCCAUUUAUGUAUUUAGUCAUAUCUUCUACCAUGCUGUGUUUUGCCUUUCACAUAUGUAAGUAAACAUGCGUUACACACACACACAUAAACACAAACACACGCACAUACACUCAA